AUGAUGAAUACGGUGUCAAAGAAAUAUCCACAACUGAGUUUUGAAGAUGGGAUUUGGAAGGGUCCUACGAAAAUAUAUCGGGAUGAUGAUUUUCAAGUGGGGAAGAGGGUACUCCAAAGUCUGAAGGAGGCACCGAAUUUUAUUGCUCAACUUGAUUCUGCCACUGGAAAAUUGGAUACCUUCGGGGAGAUGAUGGACAGGAGCAUCCGGUGUGCCCUCUGGCUGAGGAAAAAAGGGAUUGGUCGCGGUGAUGUUAUCUCCGUUGCUGGUGAUAAUCACCAAAACACGGUGAUUCCCAUUUUGGCCGGUCUUUUCACGGGAUGUAUCAUAAACACUUAUUCACAAGAUUGGCUAGAUGAAGAAUUAAUAUCUGAUUUCGUCAGAGACCUCGAGCCAAAGAUUGUUUUCGCCGAUACAGUACUGGCGCCCAGGAUGAUGAAAUACAGCAACGUCGAUAACAAAAAAUUCGAAGUUAUAGUUUUCGAAAAUCUGCCUGGAUUCACGUUCUUCAAAGAUAUCCUGGAUGAGCAGAGCGCAGUGGAAGUUGACAGUUUCGAGUGCGUGGAUAUUCCUUCUGAAGAGGACACCGCAUUCCUCUUAUUCACCUCAGGCUCGAGUGGAAAUCCCAAGGUGUUUCGGUAUCCUUAUAAACUCCUAAAGCGAGAUGUGCACUGGUUACCGAGAGAAGAACUAUAUGAGAGGGUGGGCAUAUGGUGUACUGAGCCUGUCUGGGUUGUUGUCAUUAUCUCUGCUCUGGGGGCGAUCAUCAAUCGCUCGACUUAUGUGAUACAUAAGUACGCGAAUGCAGCUGAUUUCUGCAGAGUUGUUGAGAAGUAUAAGAUUAACUGGAUGAUGCUGGGAACGGAGCACGUCAAUAUGAUAUCUCGAUUAUCAAAUACCGCAGAGUUCGAUUUUUCCGAAGUGACAUUCAUAAGAUAUUGCGGGUCCUACAUCAGACCGGAAGUAGAGAGAAAUUUGCACACCAUAUUUCCUCGAACGUGGCUGUCGCAGUCGUACGGUUUAACAGAAAUCGGUGUAGUUACGUAUGCGAUGAGCGACCACAAGUGCCCCUCCUGUGGUAUACCCGCAGAGAACACUGAAAUUAAACUGAUAAAUUCGAAGGAUGAGAUUGUUAUGUGUCCCAAUCAAUCAGGAGAAUUGUGCGCCAGAACUCCAUGCCUAUCAAUUGCUUAUCACAAGAAGGCAACGGCAUCGGAGAGAACACUGGACUCAGAGGGUUGGUAUCGCACCGGUGAUCUGGCGUAUUACAACGAGGAUGGUGAAUUCUUCUUCGUCGAUAGGAUCAAGGAAAUGAUCAGAUAUAUUGUCGCUGAUAUUCCCGCUGGUGUCGUAGAGGACUGCAUACUGAAGCAUCCUAGUGUUCUUGAAGUCGCUGUUGUUGCUAAGCUGCAUGAGGAAGACAUAGAACAUCCCAUGGCUUUCAUUGUCAAGAAGCCUUACAUUCAGGUGACGGAGGAGGAAAUCGAGGGCUGGGUUGAGAAACAUCUGCCGGAUCGCAUGAGACUUCGUGCUGGUGUUAAAUUUCUUGAGGACAUGCCGUAUAAUAAUGCUGGCAAAAUAGCUAAGGGCGUGCUGCGCCGUUGGUGUAAUGCUGAGUAG